AUUUCCGGGUGUGUCAUGUGACUCCCCGACUCAGCCAUGGCAGAAGCGGAGGAGCAGGAAACCGAGUCUCUUGAAGAAUCUACAGAUGAGUCUGAGGAAGAAGAGAGUGAAGAGGAGCCCAAACUGAAGUAUGAAAGGCUCUCCAAUGGGGUAACUGAAAUCCUUCAGAAGGAUGCUGCUAGCUGCAUGACAGUCCACGACAAGUUUUUGGCACUGGGCACACAUUAUGGCAAGGUUUAUUUACUGGAUGUCCAGGGGAACAUCACUCAGAAGUUUGAUAUAAGUCCUGUGAAGAUAAAUCAGAUUAGCCUGGAUGAAAGUGGCGAACACAUGGGCGUGUGUUCAGAGGACGGCAAGGUGCAGGUGUUUGGACUGUAUUCUGGAGAAGAAUUUCAUGAGACUUUUGACUGUCCCAUUAAAAUCAUUGCCGUGCAUCCUCAUUUCGUGAGAUCCAGCUGCAAGCAGUUUGUGACCGGAGGGAAGAAGUUGCUGCUGUUUGAACGGUCUUGGAUGAGCAGGUGGAAGUCUUCAAUUCUGCACGAAGGAGAAGGGAACAUAAGGAGUGUGAAGUGGAGGGGCCAUCUGGUUGCCUGGGCCAACAACAUGGGUGUGAAGAUUUUUGACAUCACCUCAAAGCAAAGAAUCACCAAUGUACCCCGGGAUGAUAUAAGUCUUCGCCCCGAUAUGUAUCCCUGUAGCCUUUGCUGGAAGGACAAUGUGACACUGGUCAUUGGCUGGGGCACCUCCGUCAAGAUAUGCUCGGUGAAGGAACGGCAUGCCAGUGAAAUGAGGGAUUUGCCAAGCCGAUACGUUGAAAUAGUGUCUCAGUUUGAAACUGAAUUCUACAUCAGCGGACUGGCACCUCUCUGUGAUCAGCUUGUUGUACUUUCCUAUGUAAAGGAGGUUUCCGAAAAAACGGAAAGAGAAUACUGCGCCAGGCCCAGACUGGAUAUCAUCCAGCCGCUUUCCGAGACUUGUGAAGAGAUCUCUUCUGAUGCUCUGACUGUGAGAGGCUUUCAGGAAAAUGAAUGUAGAGAUUAUCACUUAGAAUAUUCGGAAGGGGAGUCACUCUUUUACAUUGUGAGUCCAAGAGAUGUUGUCGUAGCCAAGGAACGAGACCAAGAUGACCACAUCGACUGGCUCCUUGAAAAGAAGAAAUAUGAAGAAGCUCUGAUGGCAGCUGAAAUUAGUCAAAAGAACAUUAAAAGACAUAAAAUUCUGGACAUCGGCUUGGCAUAUAUAAACCACCUGGUGGAGAAAGGAGAGUACGACGUAGCGGCGCGCAAAUGCCAGAAAAUUCUUGGGAAAAAUGCAGCACUCUGGGAAUAUGAAGUUUAUAAAUUUAAAGAAAUUGGACAGCUUAAGGCUAUUAGUCCUUAUUUGCCAAGAGGGGAUCCAGUUCUGAAACCACUCAUCUAUGAAAUGAUCUUGCAUGAAUUUUUGGAAAGUGAUUAUGAGGGUUUUGCCACACUGAUCCGAGAAUGGCCAGGAGACCUGUACAACAAUUCAGUAAUAGUUCAAGCAGUUCGGGAUCACCUGAAGAAAGACAGUCAGAACAGAACCUUACUUAAAACCCUGGCAGAAUUGUACACCUAUGACAAAAACUAUGGCAAUGCUCUGGAAAUAUACUUAACGUUAAGACAUAAGGAUGUUUUCCAGUUGAUCCACAAGCAUAAUCUUUUCAGUUCUAUCAAGGAUAAAAUUGUUUUAUUAAUGGAUUUUGAUUCCGAGAAAGCUGUUGACAUGCUUCUGGACAACGAAGAUAAAAUUUCAAUUAAAAAGGUAGUGGAAGAAUUAGAAGACAGACCAGAGUUGCAGCACGUGUAUCUGCAUAAGCUUUUCAAAAGAGACCAUCAUAAGGGGCAGCGCUACCACGAGAAGCAGAUCAGCCUUUAUGCUGAAUUCGACCGACCCAACUUGCUUCCAUUUCUCCGAGACAGUAUCCACUGCCCCCUUGAAAAGGCUCUUGAGAUCUGUCAACAGAGAAACUUUGUAGAAGAGACAGUUUAUCUUCUGAGCCGAAUGGGUAAUAGCCGAAGUGCCCUGAAGAUGAUCAUGGAGGAACUGCAUGACGUUGAUAAAGCGAUUGAAUUUGCCAAGGAGCAGGAUGACGGGGAACUCUGGGAAGAUCUGAUUUUAUAUUCCAUCGACAAACCACCCUUUAUCACCGGCUUGUUAAACAAUAUCGGCACGCAUGUUGACCCAAUUCUACUGAUUCACCGUAUUAAGGAAGGAAUGGAGAUUCCUAAUUUGAGAGACUCCUUGGUUAAAAUUCUGCAAGACUACAAUCUGCAAAUUCUGCUUCGCGAAGGCUGCAAGAAGAUUCUUGUAGCUGACUCUUUGUCCUUACUAAAGAAGAUGCACCGAACUCAAAUGAAAGGCAUUCUGGUUGAUGAGGAGAACAUCUGUGAGUCCUGUCUUUCCCCCAUUCUUCCAUCAGAUGCAGCUAAGCCCUUCAGCAUGGUGGUCUUCCACUGCCGCCACAUGUUCCACAAGGAGUGCCUGCCUAUGACCAGCAUGAUACAUCUGUGCAUUCUGGUUUCUUCAAGAUUGUUUUCCAUCAUGUUCUGUGUGCAAAGAGGAGGAUUUGUAGAUGGUGCAAGUAUGGUGAAAGGAUUUCACAAAUGACAGAAGAAUGAAAGUUGCCUUGUAAUAUUUAAGAAGUAUGCCACAAUGAUGUAGACUGCAAAAAUUUUAAACAAAAACAAAGAAGUAUGCCAAUUUUAGUAGAGGUGAAAUGCAGAAUUCUUCAGUUAUGUGCAGAAAAGUUAUUUGUCCCAGGAUGGGUCAGGGGAGACCUGGUUAGUCAUCCAAAUAAAAGAGACCUCAAGUUAAGAACAGGAGCAUUUUGCUCUGAGGUUAGACAUAGGUUUUAAUCCCGGGUCUGUUGCUUAGAAAUAAUCUGAGUAAAUUACUUAACAUUUCUAAGCCUCAAGUGCCACAGAUGUAAAAUGGGGGUGAUGAUAACAGCAUCAGCUUUGGAGGAUGUUGAGAGCAUUAAGUGAGGUGAUGCAUGGAAAGCAUCAGCUAGUACAAGCACAGGAAGAAUAACUAGUAUGGAGCAAAUGCUUCAGAAAUGUCAGCCUCCAGGACAGCCCCCGUGAUCCCCAUCUCUGCCAGGGUUGGUCCGUGUCCAACAGAGCAUGGCAGAGUUGAUGCUACCUCACUUCCAAGCUUAGGUCAUAAAAGAUACUGGUUUGACAUCACUUGCCCUGGGGAAGCCAGGUUGUGAAUGGAGAGGCACACUUUGUAAGGACCAAAGCCCCCCUGCCAGCAGCACGUGAGGGAACCUGGAAGUGAUUUUCCAGCGCCAGUGAGAUCUUCAGAGUCUGCCACCCCAGCCUACAAUGUGACUGCAAACUCGUGAAAGACCCUGAGCUGCAACCAGCCAUUUG